AGAAGGACUUAAAUUACCUGAAAAAAUUAGGACGUGGACACACGAAGCAAAAGAUUUAUGAAAGGCUUCAAACUCGUACGCAAGUGACUUGCGAAUCGUUUUGAGUUCUGAGUCGUGACUCGCACGAGAAACUCAGCGGAAAACAGAUUUGUGCUUUCUCCGUUUGUGUUGCAAACGAAAAAUCCUAACGAAAAUAAACAAACGAAAAGGAGGCAAAGAGUGAGAGCUAAGGAGAGGAGUAUGUAGGAGCUAACAAGCUAAACAUUGUACUUACAACAUUCGAUUCGAGAUCGGUGUGUUGAACCAUGGCUUUGAUUGAUGUGACCAAAUCUUGCCUCGAUUCCAUUAGCCAAAUAUCGCAACAUAUUGAAGGUGCAAUUAUUUACCUAGAUGCUGGAUGCACGGAGAGUUUCCAGCUUAUGGGAGCAUUUCCUUUGUUGCUGGAUCUUGGAGUACGCUCUGUUUGCAGCUUGGAGAAUAUGUGUUCCCUUGAUGCGGCAGUUGACUGGAAUGCAAGUUUUGACCCUGCAAGGAAAAUUGUAAUUAUGACUUCUCGUUUGUUAAGCGAUGCUCACCGUUAUGUUUUACGCUGUCUGAGCACACAUCGAGGGGUUCAUUGUUGUUCAAUAUUUACAUCUAUCUCGGAGGUAGCUCAUGCAGUAUAUCCUGAUUCACCUCUUGGACCUGAUGCAUACCAUGAGUAUGAAACCUUGCUUCUCCAAGAUUAUGAGGAGCUUGUUAAGAAAUGUGAGACCAAGUCUGGACAGCCAGUUGAUAGUAAUACACUGGGGAAUUUGACUUUUGAAGAUGAAGGAUGGUCCCGAUUCACCUCCACUGAAGAUGAGGUUCCUUCCCAUGAGGCUAGUCCCACUGGAAAAAAUAUAUAUGAGGAUAAUCCAAUAGGGAAAAGAGUAGAUUUGGGGCAGAGAUUGCUUGUUUCUGUCCAUCACUUCCCCAUGAUAUUAUGUCCCUUUUCACCUAGAGUAUUUGUCUUACCUUCUGAGGGGUCAGUUGCCGAAGCAUGCUUAUCAGCUGAACAUGAGGAUUCUCUUAGUGCUGGAUUGCCUUCCUUGAGUACUGGAUUGCCUUCUGAUGGUGAUGAGGUUCCUCCAGCUGCAACCCUUACUGCACAUUUUCUGUAUCAUUUGGCUGCCAAGAUGGACUUGAAAAUGGAAAUAUUUUCCCUUGGUGAUUUGUCAAAAACUGUUGGGAAGAUUUUGACAGACAUGUCAAGUCUUUAUGAUGUAGGACGCCGAAAACGUACGGUAGGGUUAUUACUUAUAGACCGCACCCUCGAUCUUCUUACUCCAUGCUGUCAUGGGGAUUCGCUUGUAGAUCGUAUGUUUUCAGCUUUGCCCCGUAAGGAAAGAACAUCUUCCUCUGCAAGUAUCAAAGGAUCACAAGCCCAACUUAAACUUGGUCCUUCUAGCCUAGAACGUGUCCCCCUUGAGGUACAGAUACCAAUUGGGAAAAUUUUAACCGAAGAAGAUUCCAAUAUAGAUGAUUCUCGGCUUUCAGAUUGCAUUGAAGCUUUUCUGUGUGGGUGGGAUUCCUAUAACUCUGCUUCUCAAAUGGUAGAUUUGAUUAAUUUCAGCAAGAAAACUAGUGAUGAAAAGUUGUGUCCUGCUGAGCUACUAAAGGGAUCCUUGGUCUCCACUGAAAACUUCCGUGGAACACCAUAUCUGGAAGCCAUACUAGAUAGGACAACAAAAGAUGGGGCUAUCCUGGUGAAGAAGUGGCUUCAGGAAACUCUACGUCGGGAAAAUAUCACUAUUAACGUGAGAACUCGUCCCGGUUUUGCUUCAAAAUCAGAGUUACAACCCAUGAUUAAAGCCUUAGCUAAAAGCCACUCAUCUUUAAUAAGGAACAGAGGAAUUAUUCAGUUAGCAACAGCUGCAUUGUAUGCCCUUGACGAAUCAUGUAGUGCCAGAUGGGAUGCAUUUAUCAGUGCAGAGAAAAUAUUGAGUGUUAAUGCUGGGGAUACAAGCCAGAGUCUUGUUGCUCAAAUAGGUGAUCUUAUCAAUAAAAGUGCCUUUGCUGGAUCAGAUGUCAAGAGGAGUGGAAAAAUGGAACUCUCACAAGGGCUACUUUCUUUUCAAGAUGCUUUGCUCCUCACAAUUACUGGUUAUAUUUUGGCUGGUGAAAAUUUCCCAACUUCUGGAUCCGGAGGCCCUUUUUCUUGGCAAGAGGAGCAUUUUCUUAAAGAAGCUAUUGUUGAUGCAAUUCUCGAAAACCCAUCUGUGGCUAGAUUGAAGUUUCUUCAUGGUAUAACACAAGAACUUGAGGCCAAUUUAAAUAAAACUAAAGCAGAUAAAACCAAAGAGACAUCAACUGAUCAAUUAGACAUUGAUGAUUUUGAUGAUGAUCAGUGGGGUAAAUGGGGAGAUGAAGAUGAAGACAAAGAUAAUAAAGAGCAAGCAUAUGAUGACAUGCAGCUUAAGUUGGAGUUGCGUGAUAGAGUUGACAACCUUUUCAAGCAUCUUCACAAGUUAUCUAGUUUAAAGAGCAAGAAUGUGCCUUUGAGAGAAGGGCCAUUGGCUUUUGAAAGCAAUUUGAGUAGCAAUCCUUGCACAAAUAAAGGAUUACUUUAUAAGCUUCUAACAAAGAUUUUUGGCAAGUAUGAUGUUCCAGGGUUGGAGUACCAUUCCUCUACAGUAGGGCGACUGUUUAAAAGUGGGUUUGGAAGAUUUGGCCUUGGACAGGCAAAACCAAGUCUUGCUGACCAAAAUGCAAUUGUGGUAUUUGUUGUCGGAGGCGUCAAUGGUGUUGAGGCACGGGAAGCACAAGAGGCAUUAUCAGAAAGUGGAAGACCUGAUAUUGAAUUAAUUCUUGGUGGAACCACACUUCUAACUCCUGAUGACAUGCUUGAUUUGCUAUUGGGGCAGUCUAGCUACAUUUGACUUGUCGCUGACAUUCUAUUCCCUUCCCAACCGCAAAGAAGGAAUACAUGGUUAAAUCUUAAAAACUAGAGUUGAAUGAUGCCAGAUAUGUAUCAUGUUGCACAGUUGAUUCUGAUUUUUUGAUUUACCCAUAAUCAAUGGCCCUCCACGUAUUUGGAAAAAA